GUCGAUCAGGGGGCGUGGCCUAGGCUCAGCUUUCCACCCACGUACAGCAGCACCAUGUACCGUGCACUCCGUCUCCUCGCGCGCUCGCGUCGCCUCCUGCGGGUUCCGUCCGCCGGUGCCGCAGUGUCUGGGGAAGCAGCCACGCUCCCGCCGUGUGCUUCGAACGUCGCGCGAAUGGCAAGCCAACAUUCCUUCCGUAUAGAAUAUGACACCUUUGGUGAAUUGAAGGUCCCGACCGAUAAGUAUUACGGUGCUCAGACUGUAAGAUCUAUGAUGAACUUCAAGAUCGGAGGUGUGACGGAGCAGAUGCCGAUCCCAGUCAUUAAAGCGUUUGGCAUCUUAAAACGAGCUGCUGCUGAAGUGAACCAGGAGUUUGGUCUGGAUCCAAAGAUUGCUAGUGCAAUAAUGAAGGCAGCAGAUGAGGUAGCUGAAGGUAAAUUAAAUGAUCACUUUCCUCUGGUGGUAUGGCAGACUGGAUCAGGAACCCAGACAAACAUGAAUGUAAAUGAAGUCAUUAGCAACAGAGCAAUUGAAAUGUUAGGAGGUGAACUUGGCAGCAAGAAGCCUGUGCACCCCAAUGAUCAUGUUAAUAAAAGCCAGAGCUCCAAUGACACCUUCCCCACAGCGAUGCACAUUGCCGCUGCAAUGGAAGUUCACAAGGUCCUGUUGCCAGGGUUACAGAAGCUGCAUGAUGCUCUCAGUGCAAAAUCCAAAGAGUUUGCACAGGUCAUCAAAAUUGGGCGCACCCAUACGCAGGACGCUGUCCCUCUUACUCUUGGACAGGAGUUCAGUGGUUAUGUUCAGCAAGUCCAGUAUGCAAUGGUGAGAAUAAAAGCUGCCAUGCCAAGAAUCUAUGAGCUCGCUGCUGGAGGCACGGCUGUUGGGACAGGAUUAAACACCAGGAUCGGCUUCGCAGAAAAGGUGGCUGCAAAAAUAGCAGCACUCACAGGUUUGCCUUUUGUCACUGCCCCGAAUAAGUUUGAAGCUUUGGCUGCUCAUGAUGCUCUGGUGGAGCUCAGUGGCGCCAUGAACACUGCUGCCUGCAGUCUAAUGAAGAUAGCAAAUGAUAUUCGCUUCCUCGGGUCCGGCCCUCGGUCAGGUUUGGGAGAGCUGAUCUUGCCUGAAAAUGAGCCGGGGAGCAGCAUCAUGCCAGGAAAGGUGAACCCUACUCAGUGUGAGGCGAUGACCAUGGUCGCAGCCCAAGUCAUGGGGAAUCAUGUUGCUGUUACUGUUGGAGGCAGCAAUGGACAUUUUGAACUGAAUGUUUUUAAACCAAUGAUGAUUAAGAAUGUGUUGCAUUCAGCCAGGCUACUGGGAGAUGUUUCAGUGUCCUUCACAGAGAACUGUGUGGUGGGGAUCCAGGCCAACACGGAGAGGAUCAACAAGCUAAUGAAUGAGUCUUUAAUGUUGGUCACAGCUCUUAACCCGCAUAUAGGGUAUGACAAAGCAGCAAAGAUUGCCAAGACUGCACACAAGAACGGAUCAACUUUAAAGGAAACGGCUAUCGAACUUGGCUAUCUCACAGCAGAGCAGUUUGAUGAGUGGGUGAAACCCAAGGACAUGCUGGGUCCAAAGUGACUUCAAUAAAUUUAUAUUAAAAUAAACUUAAGAAAUUUAAAAACAA